GUUUAAAGUUCACGCAUUUCGGUAGGGAUUGCAGGACAGAUUUGCACCAUUAAUAAUAAAGUUUUGCAUUUAUUAGAAUAGAACCUGUAAAUAUAAGUAAACGAUAUAUUUGUAUAUAUCGUUUUGUAAUUUUGGUAGUGGUGAGAAAAUGUCGAGGAUUACGGACGAAGGGAUUGGUAUAGUGCUGUCGUCGAUGCCGCCAAUUGUAGAAAAUAUUCUAAAAAACUUCUGUAUUAAGGAUUUAAAACGAUGUGGAAAUGUAUGCAAGUUAUGGCAUAAUGUUUCUAAAGUGAUUGCAAAACAGAGACAUGAUAUAUUUAGGAUCUUUAAGAUAUAUGAAGGACGACGAUGUUGUGUUUCUUCCCAUUCUGUUCAUAACUCUGAACAAAGCUGUUAUGCUCAGAAUAAAGUGGAUAUUGGUGUUCAUUUUUAUGAUGUAUUAAAAACAGCAAGAAGUGAACCUGAAUUAGUAAUUUUGUUUGGUUCAAACAAAAUAUUUAAAAAACCAGAAAAUUAUUUUAGUAACUUUACAAGCUAUACAAAUUCUGAGCCAAUAUGUAGAAAAAGAAAACGUAAAAGUAAAAGUGCUGAAGAAUCCUAUAUUGUAUCAGAUAGAAAUCAUUACAAUGAUUCAUUGACAGAUUUUCUAGAAUCCAAUCUACCAAGAUCUUGUAGGAUUGUGAGUUGUGCAGGAUUAGGAAUAGUAGGAACUCCUAUAUAUAAUGUAACACCAAUUGAAGCAGAAUUUGCACCUGGUUUAUCUGCUCUCUUUUUGCCCAUGUUGCCUGGAAUAGAAAUAUAUCAGUUUAGUAUAUCGAAAAGCCACGAGAAAGCUUUGAGAAAAAAUGACAAUGUCAAUUCAUUUGUGUAUGAAUUAAUGGGUAUACCAAAGGACAAACAUUUAGGUUGUUUGCUCAUAUUUUUUCAACAUAAUCCAGAUAACCUAUUAACAGCUAAAACAAUAAUAGAACACUAUUUGACAAAACAAGAUAAUCAGUUGGCAAUAGGUGGAGCCGUAGUUGAUAAAAUAGCUGCACCAACUAAGAAUGGAGAAGAAGCAUAUAAAUUGUUUACUGGAUUAGCAUUUGCAGGAGACAAUAUUCAAACUGCUUCGAUAAUUUUAGACAAAGACAUAAACACAGAAGAAAAAGUUUUAGCUAAACUUACAAAAUUAAAAAAUUGUAACAUACCAGAAAAUAAUUGUAUUGCUUUCAUGUUUGCAUGUUGUGGAAGAGGAUGUGGUCUUUACAAUAAAUCUAAUGUUGAAGCUGAAGCAUUUCAUAAAAUUUUUCCAAAUGUUCCUCUUUUUGGAUUAUUUGGGAGAGGAGAAAUUGGAAAUGAAUAUUUACCACAGAAUGGAAAGAAAGUUCAUUCAAAUUUUGACAAAGAUGAUAAUUGGUAUCAUGGCUACACAACUAUAUUUGUCCUUAUCUCUCUACAAACAUUAGUAUCUUAAUAUUUUACCAAUAUUAGAAACAAUAAACAGUAUAUAUGUAUAAUGUAUGCUAUGUAAUAAAGUUUCCUAUGUUAAAAACAUAUAUUUUUAUAAUUUAAGAGAAUCUUUUAUUGUAAACAUUAUUCUUACUGUAUUUAAUUUUUCAGUGUAUAUUAAAAAUAUAUGAAAUGUAGAAUAGAACUGAGGUAAUUAUGAUUUUUGACUCUGCAGUUCAUUUUUGUUAAACACAUGUGACAGUAGACCAAAAUAUCAAAGUUUUAAACGAAGAUCAAGUAAUAAAUGUUACAAUGAUAAUUUUAUACAUUCAUUUAUUAAUUUGAACAAUGAUAGCAAUUUAAUCAUGAUGAGUGAAUGUAUGUAACCAAAUACAGUCAAACCUCACUUUAAGAAUUUAGCAUAGAAAAUAUAGGAAGUUGAUCAUCGGUAGUCAGCUCUGUCAACUUGUUCAGAAACUGAGUUAUGAUAUGGCAACUGGAGCAAAUAUGGCAUUCAAAAUUUUGUUCAUAAAUGGGUGUUUGUAACCAGAGGUUUGACUGUACUAUAAUACUAAAGUUAUCUUUUGGGUAAAAUUAGUAUAUUUACAAUCAAGUACAAUAUGUUCUGUUUCAUUUGGAAGCUGAAGCAAUUAUAACAAGUUUCAAAUACUGUCAAUCUGUUGGGUUUAUCAGGUCUAUCAAACGUUACUUUUCUGAUCAACUUACUUUUAGAACAAUUUGGUUCACAAAUAGAAUUUUGAACUCAUAAUUGCUCCAGUUGCCGUAUGAUAACUUGGUUGCCAAACAAGCUACUUGGCAAGAACCAGCCCUAGAUUAGAGAGAGAUGGACAACUCCCUAUAAUUCCUAUGUUAAAGAAAGUCGAAGGUCCAACCAAUCAACAACAGAAAUACUGAUUUAUAAGUUAGUGGCACCAAGAUUUCCUUG